AGUCAUAGCCCCAUCAUUGAGAGGUACAAAAUUGUUCAACACUGAAGGGGAAAAAAAGUGCUUUUCUCAAGCAAUAUGGCAAACCUAAUGAAGGUGAUCCAGCUCUUUUGCAUCAUUGGAUAUCCACUCAAGUAGUUGACAUGAACACAAUUGAGCAAUGCAGUGUCGAGAAGCUGAAAGAACUUUGUCAUUUGUGUAAUAUAGCAAUUUCAGGCAAAUCAAAGGCAAGAAUGCUCAUUGAUUUGCGGUCAUUGUAUGAAACCUUGCUGGUUGGUUCAUGUCCUUGCCAUGGCUUCACAAAAGUGCCAGGGCAUACUGGUGGUUUCUACCACAUUGUUUGUCGCCAUGGCGUAACCGCAGCUUCAAAGUUUCUGACUUUACAGGAGUCAGUAAGAGAUGCUGCCGAUCUCUAUUUAUCAUUUAAGCAUAUUCCUCUUGUUUUCCUUUGCGACACGGCUUGUGGGUUUGUCAGGCACUUAGAGUGCCGGGUCAGUAAAGAAAUGACCGAACAGCUAUGGAAAGAUAACAGAGGGUGUUUUGAGGUACCAUCGUUGGAUAAACCACCAUCAAAGGAAAUGAGUGUCCCUAUGCUGACAACAGCAGAAUACAGAAAAAGCGACAGUGAUAUGAUACAGGUGGAGGAUGGUAGCAUGAUUCAUCCAUUGACAGGCACAUCCAGGAGAUAUGUUUUAGGUGACAGAUUUCACACAGCAAGCAAUCCUCACAAGUCACCCCUUUGUGAAUAUCACAACAUAAAUCUUUUGUCUCAGUCGAACACGAUAAAAACAAGCUAUCAAGAGUCCGAAAACAACCGAAAGAAUGUGCGACGGUUACGAAGCUCGACGAUGCAAAAUUUUCCACGCACUAUUUUUAUAACUUUUUGAUGGAUUUCUAUCAAAAUGAGGAAAUAGUAAAAAAGCAACACGACGUAGCUUCGAGACAGCUAAAACCUGGGCAGAUGUUAUGCAGGAAUUCAUAUAUGCAAUUUGUGAUAAAAGAUGGUGAAAAAU